GGGGCGGAAGCGGCCGGGCGGCGGGGCCGCUGUGCCGGGGGCUCCGCGGGACAGGCCGCCAGUACCCCAAGUGUGACCGUCAAAUAUGAUUCUUUGCCUGCUACACGAAACUCCUUAAGUACUUCUUUUGCCAUUUGGCCACAUGGCUUCAACUACAAUGGUUGUACCACACAAUAGCAUGCAACAAGCUUUAGAACUGGCAUUGGAUCGUGCUGAGUAUAUCAUUGAAAGUGCCCGCCAGAGACCUCCCAAAAGAAAAUAUUUAUCCAGUGGAAGAAAAUCUGUAUUUCAAAAACUUUAUGAUUUAUAUAUUGAAGAAUGUGAAAAAGAGCCUGAGAUAAAGCAGAAGCUGAGACGAAAUGUGAACUUACUUGAGAAGCUGGUUAUGCAGGAGACGUUGUCAUGUCUGGUGGUAAACCUCUAUCCAGGAAAUGAGGGUUAUUCACUGAUGCUCAGGGGAAAAAAUGGUUCAGAUUCUGAGACCAUUCGUCUGCCUUAUGAGGAAGGAGAGCUGCUUGAAUAUUUGGAUGCAGAGGAACUACCACCUAUUUUGGUUGAUCUUUUGGAAAAAUCUCAGGUUAAUAUUUUCCAUUGUGGAUGUGUCAUAGCAGAAAUACGUGACUAUAGGCAGUCCGGUAACAUGAAAUCUCCAACAUACCAAAGCAAGCACAUUCUUUUGCGACCUACAAUGCAGACUUUAAUUUGUGAUGUGCAUUCUAUAACAAGUGACAAUCACAAAUGGACACAGGAGGACAAACUCCUACUUGAGAGCCAGCUUAUUUUGGCUACGGCGGAGCCUUUGUGUCUUGAUCCUUCAAUAGCAGUGACCUGUACUACAAACAGACUCCUGUACAACAAGCAGAAGAUGAACACUCGCCCCAUGAAACGGUGCUUCAAAAGGUACUCAAGGUCCUCUCUGAACAGACAACAAGAGGUAGCUCACUACUCAACUCCACCUCAGCUCAGACUACUUGACUACUUACAGAAAAGGAAGGAGAGGAAAGCAGCGCAGCAGUAUGACCUCAAAAUUUCAAAAGCUGGAAAUUGCGUAGAUAUGUGGAAACAGAACCCUUGCUACUUGACUGCUCCAUCUGAAGUAGAUGUGGAAAAAUAUGCCAAAGUGGAAAAGUCUAUCAAAUCUGAUGACUCACAACCAACUGUCUGGCCAGCACACGAAAUGAAGGAUGAUUAUGUGUUUGAAUGUGAAGUUGGUAAUCAGCUUCAAAAAACAAAACUGACCAUUUUUCAGUCUCUUGGCAAUCCCUUGUACUAUGGUAAAAUCCAGACACUCAAAGGUGAUGAGGAAAAUGACAACCUAUUAACUCCAUCACAGUUCCUUAUUGGUUCGAAGACUGAUGCUGAAAGGGUGGUAAACCAGUACCAGGAGUUAGUGCAAAAUGAAGCUAAAUGUACUGUGAAGAUGUUUCAUAAUUCGAGUGGAUCAGUCAGUCAUCUUUCUCCAGGGAAGGAAAUGGAACAGCCAGAAAGUGUAUCAGGCUCUGUUCAGUCUUCAGUACUGGGGAAAGGUGUGAAACACCGACCUCCUCCUAUCAAAUUACCUUCAAGUUCAGGAAGUAGCUCUUCAGGUAGUAUUUUUAGUUCACAACAGUCAAGUGGCCAUCUAAAAUCCCCAACUCCACCUCCUCCUUCUAAGCCUCCUGGUCUUUCUCGGAAGCAAUCUAUGGAUCUUAAUCAAGUUAGCAUGCUCUCUCCAGCUGCCAUGUCUCCUGCGAGCUCUUCACAAAGGUCUGGAACUCCUAAAUCAUCUACUCCUACUCCAACCAACACCCCUUCAUCGACCCCACACCCUCCUGAUGCUCAGAGCUCAACUCCUAUUACCCUUCCUGCCACCCCUACUCCCCAAGAUUCAGGCUUCACCCCUCAGCCCACUUUGUUAACCCCAUUUGCUCAGCAGCAAAUGUCUCUGAGCCAGGCACUGCCUGUAAUGACCAUUCCUCUUUCCACCAUGGUAACAUCCAUUACUACAGGAACAACCUCCACCCAGGUCAUGGCAAACCCUGCAGGACUUAACUUCAUCAAUGUAGUGGGCUCUGUAUGUGGAGCACAGUCACUGAUGAGUUCAAACCCCAUGUUGGGGUGCAACACUGGUGCCAUAGCCCCUGCAGGUAUAAAUCUGAGUGGCAUUUUACCCCCAGGAGGUCUGGUACCAAGUGCGCUGCCCGCUGCAAUGCAAUCUGCCUCUCAAGCAGGCAGCCCAUUUGGUUUGAAAAAUACAUCAAAUCUUCGGCCCUUAAAUCUUCUACAGCUUCCAGGUGGUUCACUUAUUUUUAAACCACUCCAGCAGCAGCUAUCAAAGUUUUCUCCACAGCAACAGUCUCAGCAGCCUACAGCCUGUAGUCCUCAGCAACAGGGAGAGCAGGUGUGUGCUAACAGCCCUCAGUCUGGAGUGUGAGGAUGAAACAGUUUCUCCUAUUCUCCCCAUCUCCACAACUAAAUGAGCCAUUACCUAAUAGAUCUGGAGCAGAUGGGGAGGAAAGACUUCCUCCUAAACUUUCUCAAACAGCAAAGACUGCAGUGGCUCUUUUGCUAUGACUGGAGCUUCUUUAUAUCCUGUAUAGAGAAGCUGUAACAAAACAACCGGCCGAGCAUUGUCUAACUAUCAUGAAGAGAGCCAGCCCCACUGUAUGAAUGGUGUAAAAUCAGCUUAGUGCUAUGUUUAUCAUAACUAACAGAGAUAUAACGUGAGCAGAGAAAAUAUGCAGUAGAGAUUAUUGCAGAGUAACCAAAACUCAUUACUGACACUCCCGUGAGUUGGCUUAUAAGCCUCAAUGCUGUAGUUCAACAGAAUUUUCUUUGCACCAAAGGAAUUAUUAGUUGUCUUUAAAGCUUAAGACAUUUGCUCUACUGCUGCCUGUAAUUAGUGUUAAAGGCUUUAAUUACUGAGGAAAUCUAAAGUCUUGAUAGAGACCGAUCCAUCCUCAGAAUGACAAAUUUUUACUGGUCAGUUGCACCUUAAAAAUCCUAAGGUGCAGGUACCAGGUUAGUACUUAAAAAUCCUAACCAACGUUGAUGUAACAGUUUGAGAAAACUCUGUUUUUGUGUUCAUCUUCCCAGACACACAAGCCUUCUGCUUACCAAAUACUCUACUGGAUAAUCAAGUUUGUCAUAAUUUCACUUGUGAUACUGUAGACUGUUCAUAAAUAAGAUACCUAUUUCGAAUUUUUUAUGGUAUAUAGCCUCCUGUGCCACAGGCCUUGUUCUGGGACAGUUUAAUGCGGAACUUUACAAUUUGUUCACAGCAUCCAAAUCUCUGAAUGUCAGUUAGUAGUUUAAGUACUAAAAAAAAUCAUGUACCUUGUACUGUUGGGCUUUAUUUUCUAGAUACUGAACAUCAAGGGCAUUUACAAUAAGGCUGAUGUAAGCACUGUCCUUGUGGCGGGAAGUACUUCUGGAGAAAAAUCAAUCUCUGCAUUGGCUAAAUUGCCCUAAGGAACUUCUCUCAUACCUUGAAUUAUAGAGGAAGGGGUCAUUGGCUAAAAUGAGCUAUUAUGGACACUUAGCUUUCAUAAGGACAGGCAUGUAUAUGCUCACAAUGCUUAGUGAAAAAACUUAGACCCAAAACAACAACAAUUUUCUGUGCUGCCAAUAUAAUACAAAUUUGCAUUCUCUGUCACACUUAGGAAUUCUCCCCACAUAGUGGGGAGUCAUCACGGAGGUGAUGAUGCCUCACCAUGCAAUCUUUUGGUUUGGUUUUCCUAGAUCUUAGUGGCUUUAUAAUGUGAUACUAAAGAAGCAUUGCAACUCCUGGACUGCACCAGCUUUCUUCUGAUAAGCCAUGCAGUUUUCUCAAAUUGUGCAUAUAAUGCUUUCCUUCCCUGUGUUAUAAAUCAAUCCAUAAUUUAAGUUCUAGAAGAGGUCAUAAUUCAGUACCCUUUGACUUCAGGAGACACUAGGUCAGACUCCACUAAUUCCUUAAAGCGAUUACUGUGAAAACUACUCUGUUCUGAAAAUAUAAUUUUAAAAGUCAGGUCUAUAUUUUUAUAAAAUGAAAGAGUGUGUGGCACAAUAUGAACAUGGGAAUGUAAGUGUCAGGCUUUGUACAUUUUCAUUGAUUAGGACCUUUGCACAUGGGUAUCUCAGGGUCCUCUGGAGACUUCGGGGCUGAAGUGGGACAGGAAAUUGUCAUAAGAUUACAACUGCAAAGUGCAGUCUCUGACAACUACGUGGGACUUCUGCUGGGUAACAGGAGCAAUACCAUUUCUGCCAAAACAAAGUUGUUCUGGGGUAUUCAAUAUCUGCUUGUUCUGCUGUUAGUGACUACACUAUAGCCUGUAUGUACACGCACUGGAUGACAUAGCCAUUAAAUGUUUUUAAAUGGCACUUCAGAAGUUUGACUUCACACUGGCUUUAUUUGCUUUUUCAUUGAUACAAAAGUUUGGUAAUAAGGAUCAAGCUUUUCAUUUUUGCUAGGGGUCUGACCAAGGUCCAUCCAAUCAAGAUCAGGCAUUAUCUGCCCAACAAGCUGCUGUAAUUAACCUGACUGGAGUAGGGAAUUUUAUGCAAC